CUGCACAAGCGCCCGCAAGCAGGCUGUGGCCUCGAUCGCGGCCUGCACUUCGCCCUCGAGCGUGAGCGCCACCGACCGCCCAUGGUCGCUGUCCUUCCCGCUCAGCUCGCCGACCUCGAGCGCAUCGCCGCCAUCCACCACGCCGCCUUCGCCCCCUCGGCAAUCAGCCGCCGCAUCUUUGCCGACGUCAAGCGUCAAGACCAGUGCGCCAAGACGGUCGCGCGCCUCACCAAGCGCCUCGACGACCCGCGUUCCGCCCUCUUCAAGGCCGUCGUCGACAACGACAUUGUCGGCUUUGCCCUGUGGGAGCGCCCGAGAAAGCCCGGCGAGCCUGAUCCCGAGCACGACGACGCGCAGAAGGGCCCCGACCGCUGGCCGGCCGGGACCAACGUCGCCCUCGCCGAGUCGUUCUUCGCCCGCCUCGACCUCGGCAUCAACGAGCCUCAUUACCACUUGAGCCUGUUGGCGACGGACCCGGAGCGGCAGCGGUCGGGAGCUGGGUCGGCGCUCUUGCGGUGGGGCAGCAGGAAGGCGGACGAGGACGGCGUCGAGUGUUACCUCGAGGCGACAGAGCUCGCAAUCCCGGUUUACCUUCGCGGGCAGUACGAGCUGUUCCGCGAGCCCAUCGUCGCCGAGGAGGACGCAGAACUCGUCUUGUACCCGAUGCGGCGGCCCGCUCUCAAGCUUCGUCCUGCGACCCUCGACGACAUUCCCGCCCUGGCACCCGCACACCGCCUUGCCUUUUGGCCCACCAGGGUCAACCUGUACAGCUACAGCGACGUCUCGCCCGAGGCGUACGAGUCGCACUUCAUCAACCGCUUCAGCAACUUUAUCAAGCAGCGCGACGAGGGCGGCGCGCGGUACCUCCUCACGGUCGCGCAGCGCGGCGACAUGUACCUCGGCUACGCGUUCUCGAUCUACGAGCCCGACGAGAAGGAGCGCCCGGCCGGCUCGGGCGAGAAGCGGUUCUGGCCUGAAGGCGCCAACGUGCGCCGCGCCGAGGAGUACCUCGCCGGCACGCUCGACAAGCACAAGAAGGACAACCUGCCGUUCGCUCAUUGGUCGCUCUCGAUCCUGUCCGUCCACCCAGAUUCCCAAGGUCAAGGUGUCGGCCGCAAGCUCGUCCAGGAGGUGCUCGACCACGGCAAACGCGACGGCGUCCCCGUCACCCUCGAGUCGACCGAGCUGGGCCGGCCCCUGUACGAGAAGAUGGGCUUUGUCGACUUUGGCGAGAUCUUGCGGGCCAAGGAGGACCCGGAGGUGGAGCUGUGGCCUAUGCGUCAUGAUUCAGCGCAGAAAUAGAUGCUGCAACGCGCGCCGUGUUCGACGACUCGCGGCCUUCUC